CGUACUGAAUUUUAAUGCUGUCCUUGCCGAAUGCUAGAAUGGAAUAUAACAUCUCACACAACGGAACUGAGAGCUUCUACAAUAGAACCAGUCUUCCAGAAGAUCAAGGCACAAUUCCUCUAGGCGUGUUUUUGAUGAUCACCAUAACUCUACUCAUCUGCCUUUGGGGACUUGUGGGGAAUGGAGGCACCAUCUGGCUCCUCGGGUUCCAAAUUAAGAGGAAUAAUUUCUCGACUUACUUCCUGAAUCUCUCCAUUGCUGAUUUUGGUUUGCUCAUAGGUCUCAGUGCCAUUGAUGUGUAUUGGCUUAUAGCCAAAGCUAAUCAUAUAGAAUAUAGCGAUCCACUAAAGACAUUAUUUCGCGGUCUCUUCUUGUUCAUGUACAGUACUGGUUUAUGCAUCUUGACUGCCAUCAGCAUUGACAGGUGCACGGCAGUUUUUUUCCCGCUUUGGUAUCGACUCCACCGUUCCCAGAAAAUGUCCGCCAUUGUAUGUAAGAUAAUAUGGGUGUUCAACUUCCUAUUUUCUUCUGUACAUGUCAUUCUCUUGUUAACAACCGGAUAUUAUAUGCUAAGGUUCUACCAAUUUCUCCUGAAUGCCCUAGUUCUCACUCCUGUGAUGACGAUCUCCACUUUAGCCCUUUCAUUGAAAGCCUGUUCACUACCUCCUCAUCAUAAGCAAGGAAAACUUUGGCUCACCAUCCUGCUCACGCUUCUCUUUUUUCUAUUUUUUGCUUUUCCAAUGAACGCUAUUCAGUAUCUCUCGCUGUAUUAUCCCCAGUUUGAUAAUCCGUAUGUCUAUGAAUAUGCCUAUAUAUGUUCUUCCUUAAACAGCACCAUUAACCCAGUCAUCUAUUUCCUGGUAGGAAGAGACAAAAGAAGAUCGUCUAGAAUGACACUCAAGGUAAUAUUUGAGAAAGUUUUUAAGGAAGAGGAAAGCCGUGGAGAGGAACUGGAAACCUCAGGCACGACCAAAUCAGAUGUAUAAGCGAGAUUCAAUGCUUUAGAACAGGGGUCUCCAACCUUGGCAACUUGAAGACUUGUGGACUUCAACUCCCAGAAUUUCAAUUCAAAUUCAUGCCUUUGACAUGACCUGAGUUUAACUCAUAGAAUCACCCAUUACAAUGUCCUUCCUGUUGAAGUCUACUUCAGCUUUAAUUGCAACAAUACACGAGCACACAAUAGAUUUAAACUUAAUGUUAACCACUCCAAUCUUGACUGCAGAAAAUAUUACUUCAGUAACAGAAUUGUUAACACUUGGAACACACUACCUGACUCUGUGGUCUCUUCCCAAAAUCCCCAAAGCUUUAACCAAAAACUGUCUACUAUUGACCUCACCCCAUUCCUAUGAGGUCUGUAAGGGGCAUGCAUAAGAGCACCAGCAUGCCUACCGUUCCUGUCCUAAUGUUCCCUUUCUUUAUAUCCAAUUAAUAUAGUUAUUACAUACUUA